GCAGGCCAAUCGCGACCAAGGAUUUGGGCACCAAUUUAAACCGAAAGCAAACGCUUCCUGUUUUGUUAUCUGCAAAACACACGAAACAAAAAGCCAAACAUUUGGUGUAUUUAUGAAUCAUUAUCAGCAACAAAGGCUUUCCCAGCACAAUAGAGAGCGAGGACGUCGCUGAUUUAAGUUUAUGUUUAACUUACAGCCGAGUCUGUCCUAAUGUUAAGUGGUUUAACAGCUAACGUAAGCUAACGUUAAGUCAGGUAACUUUGAACGUUAGAUUCGGCUGAAACAAGCAAGAUGCCAACCAGUGUGGAGGAUUACGAGGUGAUAUACACUAUCGGCUCGGGUUCCUAUGGAAGAUGCCAGAAAAUAAGACGGAAAUUUGAUGGGAAAAUCCUUGUGUGGAAGGAGCUGGACUAUGGCACCAUGGCGGAGAGUGAAAAGCAGAUGCUGGUGUCAGAGGUGAACCUCCUGAGGGAGCUCAAGCACCCAAACAUAGUGAGAUACUACGAUCGGAUCAUAGACCGGACUAACACCACGCUGUACAUUGUCAUGGAGCACUGCGAGGGUGGGGACCUGUCCACCCUCAUCACCCGAUGCAUCAAGGAAAGGCGUUAUUUGGAGCAGCAGUUCAUCUUGCGAGUCAUGACACAGCUCACAUUAGCUCUGAAGGAGUGCCAUAGGCGCAGUGACGGCAGGGCCACAGUUCUUCAUCGAGACCUGAAACCAGCCAACAUCUUCCUCGACAUCAGACAGAAUGUGAAGCUCGGAGACUUUGGCCUAGCGAGAAUUCUGAACCAUGACACCAGUUUUGCAAAGACAUUUGUCGGGACGCCUUACUACAUGUCUCCAGAACAAAUAAACCGGAUGUCGUACAACGAGAAGUCAGAUAUUUGGUCACUGGGAUGUUUGCUGUAUGAACUCUGUGCAUUAUCCCCCCCGUUUACUGCUUACAACCAAAAAGAGCUGGCAGAGAAGAUCAGAGAGGGAAAGUACAGAAGAAUCCCAUACAGAUACUCUGAGGAACUGAACACCUUACUCAGCAAAAUGCUCAACUUGAAGGACUAUCUGAGGCCCUCUGUGGAGUCUAUUCUCCAGAGCAGCCUGUUGGCUGAUGCUGUUGCUGAGGAGCAGAGGAGGGCACAGGUGCGACUUCGAAGGAGGUCUGUAGACUCUGACUGUCCCCUUCACAAGCCAGCAGAACCGACACCGGCCUCUGCCGCAGAGCUCAGACUCAAGGAACAGAUGCUGCGAGAAAGAGAAAAGGCCCUGAAGGAACGUGAGGAGAGGCUGGAGAAAAGAGAGCAGGAGCUUUGUGUUCGUGAGCAACUGUCAAAUGAGAAGCUUGCAAGAGCAGAGAGUUUACUGAAGAAUCACAACCGUCUACAGCAGCAGAGGGAUGUGAAGCCAUUCUAUGGCAAAGAGAUAGAUGUGGAGAACCUCUCCCCGGGCAAGAAGAAGGUCCACUUUGCAGGUGAGAGCAAAGAGAACCAGGGUCCUGAUGGACGUCUGAGUGUGAUGUCCCAGGAGCUGAUUUUGAGGAGGCUGCAGACGGCCAAACUGCGCGCUCAGAAACUGAGCGAAGUGGAGAAGACCUGUCAGUUUAAGAGCAGACAGAUACUCGGCAUCCGUUGAUCAUGCAGAUAUCGCUGUCUGACUUGUGACUGAAUGUGGAAGCUUCUGGAGGCCAAGAGUCAUAAUAACUGGAUGUAAAUCAAGGUUUAUAUGGUAAUUGAGUAGCUGUGAUGGUAGUGAAGCCAAGUGUUUCAAUCCUGUGUAUUGUAGUGUCUUAUUUAGGUUGACAGUUGGAUGUGUGGAUGUCAAUGACCUGUAUAUUGUUGGUAAAUAUAUUUAAGUCCCUUUUCUUUCACAAACUGCUUGGAAAUAGACAGACAGACCGAUUCUUUCUUGACUUGUAUGUGUAACAAUACAACAAAAUGUAAAACUUG